AUGCAUGGCUGGAACUCAAGAAACUGUGAGAUACUGACCUAAGCCAAAAUAGACUUGGAUGCUCAACCCAUUGAGCUACCCCAGUACCCCUAGAAACUAUUGUAAAUCUUCUUUGAAACAAGGUGAAUUAUAAACAAAUUAAUAUUGGCUGAGACUAAAUCCCUAGAAGUUAAAUAAUCUACUCAAAUUAUAAACUAGUAAUUUGCAGAACUUUCAUUUAAACCUAGAUGUAGCCCCAAAUAAUUUUGUACAUACGAUAGAACACUGAAAAAGUUUUAGGAAACAAAUCAUCCUAUGGUCUUCACCACCACCAUUUUUUUUUUGCAUCUAUUCUUUGUUGAUGUAUAAUUUUGCAUAACUGCAAUUUUAUUUUAUGGCAUCUUUAUCCACCUAGUUUUACAAGUUGAGAAUCUGAAGUUAUCCUUGAUUCUUUUUCCAUGCCUCUACUCAGCCCUGAUCAAGUCAGUCACUAUUAUUGAUCCUAAGUAUCUACUUUUCUGUAAUUCAGAAAUAUAAUUGAGUACUCAUCAUUGCUAGUAUGGAUUGAACCACCUAUACACUAACGGGUCUCCUCAUGUUUAGUUUUACAUCACCUCUAAUUAUUUUUUUUUACAUUGCAAAUCUGAUACUCCUACAAGGCAAAUCUGAUCGCUCCACAUCCCUAAAAUUCAAUAAUGGCUCUCCAUUACCUACCCAGGAUAAAAACAAGGCAUACAAGGCUUUCUAGGAUCUGACCCAUGAUUACCUUUUCUGCUUCAUCUCCCACCACUUUCUGCAUCUAUUCUAAGCUUAAAGAUCUUACCAUUCUAACACUGAGGACCACACACAUUCUUUUAUACUUCUCUUUGUUAUACUAGAUUUUUUGGUAAUGCUGAAAAAUCUCUUUUUAUCCAUCAGGCCUCAACACAAAUGUCACUACUUUCUCUAUGAAACUUCCCCCAUCUUCCUCUCUGGCACUGCCCUGCCCCUACCCUACAGGCACAGACUUCUUUCUAAGCAGCUCAACUGUGCAGUGAUUCAGGCCGCCUUCUGAAGAUACAGCCUCUUUAUGAGUGACGAAGAAGAAACAUCAGACACUACUUACUUAGAAGAUGAUACCUAUGAUGCAGGUGAUCCAAAGACAUUUGAUCUGAAUUUCAAAGGGCCUGUUGCCAAAAGGAGUUGUACAGAUGUUCUGUGCUGCAUACUCUUCAUACUGUGCAUUAUUGGCUACAUUAUUUUAGGACUUUUGGCCUGGGUACAUGGCGACCCCAGGAGAGUGGCCUACCCUACAGACAGCAAGGGCCACUUUUGUGGCCAGAAGGGCACCCCCAAUGAGAACAAGACCAUAUUGUUUUACUUUAACUUAUUCAGCUGUACCAGUCCCUCCGUGGUGAUAAACCUACAGUGCCCUACCACACAGAUCUGUGUCUCCAAGUGCCCAGAAAAAUUUUUAACCUACAUGGAAAUACAAUUUACGUACAGAACAAACAAAAACUAUUGGACAUACUACAGCCAGUUCUGCAAGUCCACUUUUGUUAAGCCUGCAAAGACUCUCACACAAGUUUUACUGGAUGAUGAUUGUCCAAUAGCGAUUUUUCCAAGUAAACCAUUUCUCCAGAGAUGUUUCCCUGACUUCUCUACUAAAAAUGGCACUCUGACAGUAGGCAAUAAGACGACAUUUGAAGAUGGAAGUGGAAAGACAAGAAAUGCUAUAGAACUCAGGGCAGCUGCAAACCGUGUCAAUAAAAUACUUGAUGCAAGGACAAUUGGCAUGAAAAUAUUUGAAGACUAUGCAACAACUUGGUACUGGAUUCUCCUUGGCCUGAUUAUCGCCAUGUUCCUUAGUUGGAUGUUUGUGAUACUCCUGAGAUACAUAGCUGGAUUACUCUUCUGGGUCUUCAUGGUGGGUGUGAUUGGAAUUAUAGGUUAUGGAAUAGGCCACUGUUACCAGGAAUACUGCAAUCUUCAGGGACAGCCAAAUUCUCAUCUAACUAUAUAUGACAUCGGGAUUCAGACUGAUAUAAGCAUGUACUUUCAACUGAAACAAACAUGGUUCACAUUUAUGGUAAUACUCUGCCUUCUUGAAGUGUUUAUCAUCCUCAUGCUGAUCUUCCUCAGGGAACGAAUCCGCAUCUCCAUUGCCCUGCUGAAGGAAGGGAGCAAAGCCAUUGGAUAUAUCCCUACUACAUUAGUUUAUCCACUUUUAACUUUCAUUUUCCUCUCCAUCUGUAUUUCCUACUGGGCGGUGAUAGCAGUUUACUUGGCUACAUCAGGGGUACCUGUAUACAAAGUCAUAACCCCAGAAGGGCAAUGUAAACAUGAAAAUACAACCUGUGACCCAGAGAUUUUUAAUACAACUGAAAUUGCCAAAGCUUGCCCUGGGGCUCAGUGUAACUUUGCUUUCUAUGGUGGAAAGAGCCUGUACCAUCAGUACAUCCCUACCUUCCAGAUAUUCAAUCUAUUUGUCUUUCUCUGGCUUAUAAACUUCGUCAUUGCACUGGGUCAGUGUGCCCUUGCUGGUGCCUUUGCUUCUUAUUACUGGGCCUUGAAAAAACCUGAUGAUAUCCCACCAUAUCCACUUUUUACUGCAUUUGGACGAGCCAUACGAUAUCACACAGGAUCCCUAGCAUUUGGAUCUUUAAUUCUUGCAUCAAUUCAAAUAUUUAGAAUAGUCUUAGAAUACUUAGACCGCCAUCUUAAAGAGGCCCAGAACAACAUUUCUAAAUUUCUACAAUGCUGCCUGAAAUGCUGUUUCUGGUGUUUGGAAACAGUGGUAAAGUUUUUGAACAGAAAUGCCUAUAUUAUGAUUGCAAUAUAUGGCAAAAACUUCUGCAAGUCAGCAAGAGAGGCUUUCAAUCUGCUGAUGAGAAAUGUUUUAAAAGUUGCAGUUAUGGAUAACGUUACAGACUUUGUACUAAUCCUGGGGAAAAUUCUAGUUACUGGAUGUAUAGGUGUGCUGGCCUUCUUACUCUUCACACAAAGAUUGCCAACGAUUAUAGAAGGACCAACAUCUUUAAAUUACUACUGGGUACCUUUGCUGACAGUCAUUAUUGGAUCUUACCUAGUUGCACAUGGGUUCUUCAGCGUCUAUGCAAUGUGUGUUGAUACAAUUUUCAUCUGCUUCUGUGAAGAUCUGGAAAGAAAUGAUGGAUCCACAGAAAAACCCUACUUCCUAGCCCCUACCCUGCACGGAACUCUGAACAAGAUGCAACUAGUUUCCCAGAAGCAGAAAGAGUAGAAAAGCUCCAAACAGUGACAUUCAUUUUUAAAUAGAAGUUUUGUAAAUUAGAUCAUGUGUAACUCAAAAAUGAGGCUUUUGAGUAAUGUGAAAUUUCUAUGCUUAUUGCUGAAAAGCCAGAACCUGGUACCACUUGAGGUGACAGACAUUUGAUGACAGUAGCCUCUGUGAACUAGGAUACUUUAUAGACUGUGGUCCCAGCCGAAGAGCAAGGUGUAAAUGUCAAACAUAUUUUUAAAGCCUAUAGCUGAAAGUGUUUUAAACAAUACUUUUAUAACUCAGAGUGCUGUUUCCCAUUGCAGCACUUUGAUAGCCUUUCUUUUUAUAAAUGUGUUUGUAAAAGAUAUUCAGGCAAUUUUUGAAAGCACUAUAAAUGUAUCGUCAAUUAGCCAUAAAAAAAGAUUGAUAGAGUUAACCAGCUUAUGGUACUAAAUUCGUAAAUAUGGUACUAUGCCUAUAUAGCUGCUCAAGCUAGUGGACAGCUAUCUAAACUUUGAUUAAAUUUGUAUUCAUGUUUCUCUAGGAAGUAUAUUUCAGUACAUGAUUCAAGACCAUAAUAUACAUAGAGAUGUUAAUGUUAUGCAAGUUCCAUAGAGAGCAUUAUUAGGUAAAAAUUACUGUGAAACCUUCAUAGCCCACUUCGUUUUAGUGUAAUUAUAUUCAUAGUGAAGCUGAAUCUGAGUUCUGGAGUACCAUUUCCAAUAAUAUGAACCUCUGGCCACUGUGAAAAUAUUCUGAACAAAACUGAAAUGGCCAUGUAAUGCAUUCCUCUUGUCUCUUACCCAAACAGAGACAAAUUCCUAUUUCCCUAUUCCUGCCAUAUAGAAAACUGGAAUGGAUUUGUUUCAGAACAGUGAUUAUAUCUUUUAUAAGCAUACCUGUUUUUAUAAGCAAACCUGUUUUUCUAGAUUAAAGACAUUGUUUGGCUUCAUUCUACAAAAGGUUUAGUUUGAGUUCAACUUUGGGGAAAGAGAAUAGAUGAGUAAGACCUUCAGAUUUUACUCUAAGGAAAUAUACCUAAGCACUCCAUAGGUACCUUGUCUGGUACCUUUACAGGGGUAUAUACUGUGGGUUAGGAAAUCUCCCUCAGAGCUUAGCAGGAAAGUUAUUUUUAUACUCCACCCCUGCUGGCCAGAGCAACAAGUUGGUUUCUGGCAACCAUCCCCUUAGUCUUUUGUAUGGUGGAGCAAAGCAUAAAUCAGACACUCAAGCACUUUUCCUGCCCAAUCUCUGUGUGCACGUUUGCAUGAUUUGGCUAACGGUAUAAAAGUUACCCCAAAAGGAACACUUAAUCAAGUAGUAUUGUUUUGGCUUUUACACUAAACUUGUGUAUAAGAAUUAUUUAAGUGUUGACAGAAAGGAACGUGUUGAUCUAACAUUUUGAUCUAAAUAUGAUCCAUGAAUUUUUAUUAAAAAGAGUCAGAAAUGUAUCAUUGUGCCACAAGUUAAUAUAAAAACUAAUUUCUUUAAUGAUUCUGAAGUAUGGGAACCUAGAUGUAGACUAACUCUGUGACAGCUUAAAUAAGGAAGAUUUUCAAAACAGUGGUCUUUAUAACGGCCACCAUCUUGUUCUUAUUUUCUUGAGAGCAUUAUAGUCAAAAGUGUCACUUGUCUUCACAUCUUGGCCAAGGGCCUUCUUCACUCUCAUUCUCCUUGAAUCAUAAUUCAGAGAAGAGUGAUAAUCUAUCUUUCUGGAUGGUUAUAAUUAUUAGUCAAUAGUACAGAAGUUACAACUGAGAUCUAGUAAGUAGUUACCUCUCAAGUGUUGAAAAGUGGUAGGAAAUAAAUCCCCUUUAGGAGUAGUCUAAUGUUGAUACAUAAUCAUGAAACAAAACAAUUUUAAUUGUUUUGUAUGCAUCAGAAUCGCUCUGAGAACUUGUUAUAAAUAUAGAUGCCUGUGCCCCUUCCUUAAGAAAUUCUGAGAUGUUGUAUUUGGGUGCAGGACAGCUUGUGAAUUAUUAUAAAAUUCUCUAGCUGAUUCUGAUACACAUAAAACUUGGAAAAUCACUUGAAUAAAAUACAAAUCAACAUGCGAGAAACUGAUUGGCUUAUUUUCUCCUUACAUUCUUGACUGUUCCAGGAGUUAGAAAAUUAAGACAAAGAUUAAUUUGGAGACUUCUAAUAGUCACAACUUCUGCAUUUAGAAUCUAAGACUAGAUGGGGCCCGUAUAUUAAAUGUUUAACAUUAUAUAUGCUGAUUAGACCAAAAAAUUCACUAGAGUAAAAGUGUUCACUGCCUAAAUGGAGGCACAUUCUAAAACUGGCUAUAUUUUAAGGAUAUAACCCCUUGGUGCGAAUCAUAGGAAAAGGAAUGCUGUUUGGCUCAUAUUUUUAAAGAACUUCUUUACUACUUAGAGAUUCUUCCUUUAAGUGUAGAAGUUUUAACUAUCUAUGGGCUUAUUUCUAGUCAGAAAAAAUAUUCCCCACUAGUUACUUUUUGUAUAAUUGAUAGUAAAAAUGAGUAUUGUUUUUGAGGGGGAAAAAAUAGAAGCUGUUAUCUUACAAAGCAAUUAAAGUCAUAACUGCAAAAAACAUUUUUUUCAAAACAUGCAGUUUAAAAUAUACUGAAAUUUCACAAAUCUUAUUUUUUAAAACUAUGCUACAUAAAUUGUUGAUUGCAAAGCAAAAGAAAUUUUGACACAUAUGGUAAUUUGGGAAGUGAAUUGAGUACAUACUACUUUUCAGGAAUUUGAAGGUGAAUUUAGAAAUUCCUGGGGGAUUUUUUUUUUUUUUCUUUUUUAAGUUUGCUAUCCAAAAGAAGGUAAAAGUUAUUUCCUCAAUCAUGCAGCUGAGAAGCAUGCAUAUUGACAGAAUAUGAGCUGGUACACACAAUGAGAUAAUAUUUUACUAACAUAAUAACAAGGGCUGCUUGUUUUCUCAUAGGUAUGUUUACAAUAAUGUUGAUGCCAAAACUGUGCUAUUAAAAAAAAAAAAAUCUUAAACUGCUGUAAAGCAAGUAUGCAGUAGAUGGCGACGUUACUUCUCUUACAGUUUUGCUUUGAUAUUUACUCUGUGCCAUUCUUCCUCCUAGUGGAAGAUAUGGAAAGAAACGAUGGUUCUACUGAAAGGCCCUAUUACAUGAGUCAGUCUCUCCUGAAGAUUCUGAACGAGCCAAGUAUGCAAACUAAGAAGCCUUAGAAGUGCAAACUGUGGUCAUCGUGCAGCGGUGUGUUACCAAAUCUUCAUCUGCUGUGUCUGCACAACGCUAGCUUCAUAAGUGCUUUGUGUUGGAAACACUGUAUUCAUGACCUUGUUGGCUUUUAUUUGCAUGUUUAAUACCAAAGCUUAUACUGUAAUAUGUGAAGCCAUCUGAAGUCGCAAGGGAAUUGUUAAUAACAUGGUACAUUUUUAUACUAAGA